CCCCUCUCGGCCGCGCUCGGUCCCGCCCACCCUCCGCUGGCUCCGCUCUUCCCAAGCUCCAAGCGCAGGCCGCGGCCGAGGGGCGGGGCGGCCGGGAGGAACCGCGUUCAGGAGCGGGAGGGAGGUCCGCCGCGGAGUUACGGGAAAGUUGGUCCGAGUUCCCGGGAGUUUCCCGGUGUGCUCCCCCGUGUUCGGCCGGUUGCUCCCAGGCUCCUUUCCUCCCCACCUCCCUCACGGUCCACUCGACCCCUCUCUCUGCCACCGGCCGCCAUGGAGCAGCCGCCGGCGCCCAAGAGUAAGCUAAAAAAGCUGAGUGAAGACAGUUUGACUAAGCAGCCUGAAGAAGUGUUUGAUGUGUUGGAGAAGCUUGGAGAAGGGUCUUAUGGAAGUGUUUUUAAAGCAAUACAUAAAGAAUCUGGUCAAGUUGUUGCAAUUAAGCAAGUACCUGUUGAGUCAGAUCUUCAGGAAAUAAUUAAAGAAAUUUCCAUAAUGCAACAAUGUGACAGCCCCUAUGUGGUGAAGUACUAUGGCAGCUACUUUAAGAACACAGACCUCUGGAUUGUCAUGGAGUACUGCGGAGCUGGCUCUGUUUCAGACAUCAUUCGGUUACGAAACAAGACAUUAACAGAAGACGAAAUCGCAACUAUUCUAAAAUCUACGUUGAAAGGAUUAGAAUACUUGCAUUUUAUGAGGAAAAUACACAGAGAUAUAAAAGCUGGGAACAUUCUCCUCAAUACAGAAGGGCAUGCAAAGCUUGCAGAUUUUGGAGUGGCUGGCCAGUUAACAGAUACAAUGGCAAAACGCAAUACUGUAAUAGGAACCCCAUUUUGGAUGGCUCCUGAGGUAAUUCAAGAAAUAGGUUACAACUGUGUGGCUGACAUCUGGUCCCUUGGCAUCACUUCUAUAGAGAUGGCAGAAGGGAAACCCCCUUAUGCUGAUAUACAUCCAAUGAGGGCUAUCUUUAUGAUCCCCACAAACCCGCCACCAACAUUCAGGAAGCCUGAACUUUGGUCUGAUGACUUCACCGAUUUUGUUAAAAAGUGCUUAGUGAAGAGUCCUGAGCAGAGAGCCACCGCAACACAGCUGUUACAGCAUCCUUUUAUCAAGAAUGCAAAACCUGUGUCAAUAUUAAGAGACCUGAUCACAGAGGCCAUGGAAAUCAAAGCCAAAAGGCACGAGGAGCAGCAGCGAGAACUGGAAGAGGAAGAAGAAAAUUCGGAUGAAGAUGAGCUGGAUUCACACACCAUGGUGAAGAGGACCUCAGGAAGCGUGGGCACCAUGCGGGCCACCAGCACCAUGAGUGAAGGGGCCCAGACGAUGAUCGAGCACAACAGCACCAUGUUAGAGUCGGACCUGGGGACCAUGGUCAUCAACAGUGAGGACGAGGAGGAGGAGGAUGGAACCAUGAAAAGAAAUGCCACAUCACCCCAAGUACAACGACCAUCUUUCAUGGACUACUUUGAUAAGCAGGACUUGAAGAACAAAAGUCAUGAGAACUGCAAUCAGAAUGUGCGUGAGCCCUGCCCUGUGUCACAGAGUGUGUUUCCUGAUGACUGGAGAGUCCCUCACGAUGGAGACUUUGACUUUUUAAAAAAUCUAAGUUUAGAAGAACUACAGAUGCGUCUAAAAGCACUGGAUCCCAUGAUGGAACGGGAGAUAGAAGAGCUGCAUCAGAGAUACAGUGCAAAGAGGCAGCCCAUCCUGGAUGCCAUGGAUGCGAAGAAGAGGAGACAGCAGAAUUUCUAACGACUCCCUCUGCCCAGCAUGACCAGAGACCAAGCCACCACAGAAGGGAAGGGAUUGCACUACUUUUUAAUCCCUAAAAUGUAUGUUCUACAAUUUUGCAAAAGUCAAAAACUAAUGAUGGUACACCUAGAUAAAUUCCAAAGGCAAACUGUGCAGUUGUAUCCACUCUGACUUCAUUUUGAAAGGCUGAGAACGAUAGAAAUGUGCUCUUUCUGCCAGCUGUUCCACAGCAACCAAACCAACCAAAUUUAAAGCUAUAUUUGGAGACUUUGGAAAUCCAAAACUGUUGCUUAAUCGCACAGUACUGGAGGGCUUUAUGUUACAAUCCUCUUUAUUCCUGUGGAGAAGCCUAUUUAUUGUACCCCUUAGGUAGACUUAUUUAUUUACGCAGUUUUACUUUUUGUUUUUUAAAGACAAGAUCAGGAUAGUUUUGGUGGAUGUCCGGACACACUGACAGAUACAAACACACAACUAAAUUGUACAAAAGCAGGGAGCUCUGGGUGCGUUCCUUCAUCUCCAGUAAAAACAAAGCAGCAAGAGCAAUAAUGUCCAAAUGGACAAGACAUUUUUAUAUUGAAGAAUAAUUUCAUUUCUCCCUUCUUAAAUAUUAAUUCUUGGCUUUAAUAUUGGUAUAAAUAAGGCUAUAUAUGUGUGUGUGUAUAUAUAUAUGUGUGUGUGUGUGUGUCAUACAGAAUUGUACCCUGUAAAACCAAAGAAAUCAAUGAAUCCUUGCACACACACACACACACACAAACACACACAUACAGAGGUGUGGGAAAUACUUACAAAGAAAUGAAACCCAAGAAAGCAAUACAGUUGUUUCCUGUAUUGGUCCACAGUAAUCUCAUCAGAUUAUUCUGUGAAAAUAUGCUUUUGUCACAGGACUUUUUGUUGAUUUCAUUUAUUUCCUGGAAUUGAUGAGCAUCAUGUAUCUGACAAUAACAAAACAGUAAAAAUGUUUGUACUAAACUGUGUCCUUGGGACCUGGGGGAAAAAGCAGACUUAAGCUAGGAGACUCGUUUCUGAGUGGAGUUAGCAUUUGUGUAAUUGAACAGGGACCAGUCCUUCUCUGCACUACCCAUGGCCAUUUCAAGUGUGUGUUGUUUUAUGUAUUAAUUAUGUGUGUACAUCAUGAAGACAAAUAAAUUCCACGGUGCCACCUGG